UCUCACUUCUCUCUCAUUCACACACACACACAAUCACACAGUAGGAAAGGAAGCAAGAAAAAAUGGAAGAAAUAAAGCAUAAAUUCAUAGAAGUGAAUGGGGUGAAACUUCACGUAGCUGAAAUUGGAAAUGAAUCUUCUCCAGCUGUUGUAUUCUUACAUGGAUUUCCUGAAAUAUGGUAUUCUUGGAGAUACCAAAUGAUAGCUAUGGCUAAAGCUGGUUUUAGAGCCAUUGCCUUUGAUUAUAGAGGUUAUGGUUUGUCUGAACAGCCAAAAGAACCAGAAAAAACAACAUUCUUGGAUUUUGACAAUGACCUCCUUGGACUCCUCAAUGCUCUUAGCAUUCCAAAGGCUUUUCUCGUUGGUAAAGAUUUUGGAGCUUUUGUUAUUUCCUUAUUUGUCAUUCUGCAUGAGGAGAAGGUCUCUGGAUUUGUUACCAUGGGGGUGCCAUUUAUGCUCCCAGGUCCAUCCGACUACGACAAAUACCUUAGCGAAGGCUUCUAUAUUUCGAGAUGGAGGGAGGCUGGGCGAGCUGAAGCUGAUUUUGGUCGAUUUGAUGCUAAAACAGUUGUAAAGAAAAUCUAUAUCCUCUUCUCUAGAAGUGAAAUACCAAUAGCUGACGAAAAUCAGGAAAGUUUGGAUUUGGUUAAACCAAGCACUCCUCUGCCCUUUUGGUUCAACGAAAAAGAUCUUGCGAUGUAUGGAGCUUUAUACGAGAAAUCUGGAUUCCAGACCGCUUUGCAGGUUCCUUAUAGGGCGAUGGGCGAACAACUGAACCUAACUGCAGAUCCAAAAGUUCAAGUUCCAGCACUGCUGCUAAUGGGCGAGAAGGAUUACGUCCUUAAAUUUCCAGGAAUCGAAGACUACACAAAGAGCGAAAAACUGAAAAGUUUCGUUCCAAAUGUGGAGAUAAUCUUUAUGCCCGAAGGAACUCAUUUCGUUCAAGAACAAAUGCCUGAUGAGGUUAAUCAACUUCUCCUCAACUUCCUUCACAGCAACAGUUAAUCGUGAACCUUCAACGAAGAUUUCUCGAAAUGCAUUUUACGAUUUGAUUGUUGAUCUAUAUUUGUUUGGGCUAUUAACUGGUUAUAUUGUAAUAGUUCUGUUUGUCUAUGUGAUAAAUGUAUAAGCCUAUGACCCUAGGGUGUACUGAUAUUUGCACUUUUAGCAGCAUGUAAUUUGGAUUUCUGGUACAAUGUUUGUAGUCUAAUGAAUGGCUUGUUGUAUAUUUUCUA